GCGGGACGCAACUAUAGCAGGGUUAGAAAGUACCAAGGAGAGGGGGAGAACCCUGAGUGGCUCUGUACCAGCGAGCCACUAGGAAGGUCAAAUUUCUCUAUCUCUCUAAUGCUCAUUUCAUCCCAUAGAGGUAAUCUAGGAUUCCGGGGGGCUGCAAAGAUUUCGUCUUUGUCAAUCAUGGCGUAACGCGAUAGUGCCACCUGGUUACUUACAAUGGCUAGUGACAGCUCCCAGCCCAACCCGCCUGUGAAGGCGACAGCUGUAAGGCCGGAACCAACAAUUCUGUCGCUCCUGUUAUCGUCUAAAACACAGAAGCAGGCAUCUGCGGCUGUCUCAGCCCAAUCUAUGAACACGCUCCCAACGUUAGCAAUGAUGUCCAAGGCAGAGCAGCGUCGAGUUAAUCGUUUGCCGAAAGCCUCGGAGGAGGAGGAGUCGCGGACAGAGGAUAUUCGAAGGAAGUUGGGUUCCCUCGGACGACGGGAAUUCUCUGUGGUGUCAGCAAUGGUUGCAGGGCACCAACCAAUGUCAAAAUUAGAUCUCAGGACCAAUGCUACACCUCUGAAACACUCUACGGGCAGCCGCCUCUAUGAUUCUGUCCGACGGGUAGGUGAGCAAUUGACACAAAGGGCAAUGAUUGAUGUAGACUAUGAACAAUCUAGCCCAGGCAUGAUCCUUCCAAUGUUUCGACCCCCACCCGUCCUAUCCGUGGCCAACCAGGUGAAUUGCAAUUCUUCCUCUGAGACUAUCACAAUCGCUGCAAAGCCAACACCCCUCGAUGUUCACUUUAAAACACGAGCACAGACCAUCAAUACCCUUCGCGAGCAGCCCCCCACUACCAUGCACCGAGUUAAGCACGAUGCGUAUCCCUCCAUGUUGAAGAUGAUGCAGGACGUUAGCAGAACAUUAGCUGUGAAAGUGGCGAAGCCAUCGGUGCAAGCAGCGCUAAGACCCGCGCUGCUGGAACGCGGGGGCCAACUGCUCAGAGAGCAGGUCAAAAGUUUUGAAACUGUGUCGGCCCGGAGGCGAUUUAGCAGGUGGCAUAUGAUCGCGGUAGAAAUGACUCGGGAACGCAAAAGUCGUGCGAGCACAAUACUCUGGCGCACUGCUCAACGCUGGUUGGCGAGUGUGGAGCUACGGGAAAGGAUCAUAUUGCGAGCCUCACAAAUUGAUCGCGAACGUCGCGCAGUAAUGCGAUUCGUUGGAACACGAGAAUUAUUGGUAGUUUCCAUGCAAGGUUUCAUCAGGGGGGGAAAUACUCGAAGACUCUUAAGACAGCAAUCGUGUCUGAAUACCGCCUCGUAUGUCGUACAGCGUGGCGUGCGUUGUCAUUCGGCUAGAGUCACACUGGUGAAAUUACGCUUUGAAUACACGCAGGGAGCUGCAGCAGCAGUCUUUUUGCAACGUCGUGUGCGAGGGAAGCGAGGCCGCAAACGCUAUUGCGCGGUACUAGCUGCAGAGCGUGCAUCAAAGAUUUCAGCAUUCAUACAACGCAGGGUUUUCAUGCGCCGCAAGCAAUUCCGCAUCAAUGGAGCGGCCAUCAUUAUCCAAGAACGUUGGCGAAAACGCAUGCGUAUGCGUCGCCAUCAUUUCAGAGAGGAGCGCCUACGGGUGCGCAAAGCCAAUACCAUUCGCAGGGCAAUAUCACGCUUCAAUGCACGUGCAAAGCGUCGUCAUCGCCGUGCUGCGGGGAAGGAUGUGACUCGUUUAAGGACCGAUUUCGCAAUUUGGGCACAGAACCGAUAUCGCGAGAAGGCUGCAAAAGGAUGUCUGGCGCAGUUGCGAUUUAACUCUCAAGUCGACAUCGCCGCUCAACGUAAGUACCGCACACAUCAGCUCAGUGCGUUGAGGCUCUAUGAUGAUAAACAUAUGCAUCCCAGCGGCUUCCAGGAAAGAUCUUUGUCUUCCUCGUGGCGACAUGCCGUGGUUCGAGCCUUUCGAUUUGCGCUCGUUGCCUCGACAGAUUCCGGUUGUGUGCCAACAAAAUUAUCCCAGAGGAUUAAACGCGAGCUGGCGGCAACGAAGAUUGCCGGGGCUUUUCGUGCUCACCGUUGCGUUGUCCGAGUGCGCUCGCAGCAUCUUCAUGCACGGCUUAGUUUGCGUGCAGCCGAAGCAAUAAGAAGAGAAGCUGCAGUCACUCUAACACAGCAGCUAGUUCGCGGUUGGAUAGCACGUCAUAACGGCCAGAUCAGACUAAAAGCUCUUCAUGCCACCACAAUCGAAAAAGUUGUGCGCGGCAAUUGGGGACGAGCCAUUGCUCGUCGAACCUCUGCGAGGCAGACCGCUGCAGUCCGCCUCCAGGCCGCCGUGCGGGUCAGAGCGAUCGUCAGAGAUAUCGGUCCACGCCGCGUGCGCCGGCGCCGUUUGAAUGGCCCGACCACCACAGUCCAGACAUGCGUUCGUCGUCUUGCUGCGUCUCGACUAGCCGUAGAGCUUCGCGCAGCUGCCACGGUUGGCGACGAAGGCGGUAUUCGUGCGCACGCUAUGCUCACUAGAUGCCGCCGCAUCACUCGAGCAGAACUGUGUGCCGAGUCUUUAUGCGGUUCUGCCAAUUAUCGUGGUGAAUUUCAGGCUGUUUUUGCACAUUAUUGUCGCAUUGUUCCAGUGCCUGGCGGCACACAUCCAGCUUUUGAUGAAGUAUCAGUUAAACAUCGACAACAGCAGAGAGUUGCCAAACAUGGUGCGACACAGCACAAGACAUGUGCCUUUACAAAUCAUGAAGCGGUUGUCAAGCAGCAGCAUUGUGCCGGUGCAAAGAUGGCAUCGUCUGAAUUUGUCCGGCUUUUUAAAGAGACACCUGGUGCCAUGCUUGGGGGAGAAAGAGGUCGUGGUCCAGCAUGCAAAGAAUCGACGAAGACCCUGAAGGCUAAUGAUUACGAACUUAUUUUUGCCAAACAGAAGAAUCAUGGCGAGAAAACUAUUGCUUUUGAGACAUUUCUUGCCCCAAACAGUGCAUGUCUUGAUUGCGUCAGUGCAGAACUUCGCCCGGGCGUGCGUAACUUUGAGGGCAGACUCUUGCUUCAAUCGCACGUGGCACGUGCACUCACCAUCCUCGUAGAUUUGUGGCUGCCUCUCAAAUGGGCGCACAAGAUAAAGCAGGCCUUACAUCUGCGCGCUGAUGACAGACUAGAAGUGGCUGCAGCGAAAAUACAGAAGAUAGCUCGGGUUGUUGCUGCGCACAACUGCACCGCAGUAAAAAGAUUAGCUAGGGGACGCGCUGUGCGUGCACAACUUAAACAAACAGCCUCGGUGUCUAUACAAAAGCGGCUCGCACGAGGACCAUCCACAAGAGCUGCCACAGCCCUGCUCGCAAUGCGUGCGUUCAGGAAGUAUGUCGUUGAUCGUCAUGAGGUCCUACAGUACGCAGCACCAGCCAUUGGAGAAGACGACGACAUGCUUACCGAGCAAAGCAUCAUAUGCUACUGGGCGUUUGUUGGCACUUCGGGGGGGGAUCUCGUAAACGUAAAAGCAAAGCGACGCUUUGUGCUUGCGCUCAAAGGUUCGGGGACACGUGUCUCAUGGGUGAAACCCAAGCUGCUGCGUGAUAAGGAUGUCGCCCGUAUUGCGGUCUGCUUUCACAAUCGACAUCCAUUCGAUGGGCAAAGUGGAAGACGUGAAAUAUCGAUGGAAACACAGGCGCGAAUCGAGCGCAAGAGCCUGGCCUUGAAGAGAUCAGUCGCAGAAAAAGACUUGGAGAAGCGCGCGUUGCGUGCCGCGUCUGCUGCGUCUGCAAAUGGAGACUAUGCAGCAGCACGAAUAGCAAGACGCGAGGCAAAUUCUCACAAAGUCUCUGCUGCACAAGCACGAAGCGAGGCGAGAGAGCUUCGGCCACACCACUGGACGGCUCUGGUCCAACCGUGUGCAGCAUGUGGUGAUUACGCAGCUCGAUGGCGAUGCCCUCCUUGUGAGGAGUCAUACUGUGCGGGAUGUUAUUCACAGCUUCAUGCGUUUGGUUCACGUCUCACGCACGCAUGCGACCGUCUUGGUUACUAUACAGCAGAGAUACAUGCUCGCGACGAGCGCUUAUUCCGCGCAAACACGCGGCGCGUCCUUGAGAGACAUCGACGCGAAGCCGCACGCGCAGCGGAGCCGACAAAGCGCAAUCGUGCUGCCAUUACAAUUCAACGCACUUAUUUUGCCACUGUCGGCCGAGUAGAAGGGCAACGGCAGCUUCAGGAAUCACGCCACGGCCAGCGCGAGGCCUGGCAGCAGCUAAAGAAUGGCGCUUCUCGUCAUCUGGACAUGGGCCAUCUGUUUCUAGACCUGAUAGGCUGCGCGCCCUUUUUGAGUAGUGACGCAAAAGAACAACUCGCAGUGAAGCGUGUUGCGCUCUGGAAGCACAAAUCCAGUGAUGAAAUAUUUUUAGUCAAGAGUUCCAGUGGAAUCCGCCACGAAGACUUCUCUGCACGUGUAUACCUGCUAUUUGACUAUAGGCGCGCGCGUGCCCGCUAUUUUAUCUCGCAAAACGGCGCAGAUAUCUGCUGGAGGGCAAAUGAUGCUGCCGAUCCAAAGAAGUGUCCUGCGCGGGGCUUCGAUGUCGCCUUGCUUACUGAACUAUGUGAUCAGGCUAUAUAUGGUGGUGUGCGACUGCCAGGCCGUGCCUUUCCUCUGGCCGGUCAAAAAUCCGUUGCGGUCUCGCACGACCUAAGUGGGUUCGUCCGUCAAAAUGAUCGCAUUCGCAUUGGGAAACGUCUAUGUCGGAUUCAUGCUGCACGUCCAGAUGCUGUAGCCAAAGAAAGCCUGCAGCUUCGUUUCUGUUGGCUUGGCGAAAACUAUUCCAGGGAAUUGGCGGGAGAGGGCGGGGGUCUCUGCUUGUACCGGCUCCCUCCGCAAGCUCGGGCCGGUAAGUUUUGGACCAUGUUGGGGCGGACCUCGUACGAAAACCAACUCACGCAGGGUGUAAUCAAACGCUAUCGCGGAUUGCACGUUGGAAUUGGGCAUCAACAAAAAAUCCUAGCAAAGCGGCUCCGACCUUGGCUUCCCAAGAUAGCUGAAAAGAUCAAGAAAUGGUCUAAAGACCACGACCUGAUGCAAGAACGAAUCAAGUGGUGGACCUGGGAUUGGCAAGUUUUACUCGAAGCUCGCCAAAAGAAGGCUGACCGUGAGGCUGUUCGACAAGGUAUGUCCAUGGAAGCAAGAGAAGCAAUGCGUGAUGAAGAACGGAAAAAUGCUUACAUGGGCCUCGCUCCCAAGUCCGAAACUAUGUGGAAACAGAUUGAGGUCGACGGUAAGCCAGUCUGGAAACACGUCAAAACAGGCGAGAUCACAGCUGAGAAGCCAAAGGAGCUUAAGUCGGCUAGUGAGCUCGCUCACGAGGAAGCGAAAGCCAAAAUGAAGAAGAAGAGACGAUACUGAUAGAGUAGCCGGGGGAUAGCAUGUCUCAGUAGAUCUGGAGGUGGUCACCCGUGGAAGCUCGCAGCUACUGGCAGCUUGUUGGUUCCACGUAGCUUUGUAAAGUGCCGAUGGAAGUGCCGGCAUGUGUCAGGAGAUUGCAAAGCCAUAUGACUAAGUGCAGCAUAGACUUCCUUUUCCAGUUCCAGAGCAUGGGCAUUUGAAAGUGGCUUAAGCCAUGAUUUCCAUCGCACCGGCUGCUGCUCUUAUUCAGCACGCGCAGGUCUCGGGAGAGUGCGGUGGCUCCACCGCGGGUGGUGCUUGUUGAGCUCCGAAAGAUGGCUUCGUUGCUUCCUGCUGGCAGCACUGGCGAUGUGCUCCUUGCGCGAAAUUGCCUGACUGCAAGUCAGGUGAAACAAAGUUGGGAGAAUCAUCUGGCUAUUGUGCGCUGCACGCGCUCUCGAGGAAAUCUUCUCCUAUCCAGCCGGCCGUAUUCGCUUCCCUCGACGAACACGCUAGACAAGCUGCGGCCGGGGCCAUGGACUGGAUCGGACGCGCAAACGCGGGCCUGGGCCGGCUCUACGGCCCCUUGGGCCCCGUAAUGGCUGCGAGACACGCGCCACCCGCCCGUAGCGACGUGCCAGGGAGCACCAGGCUCAGCGAGGUAGCACAGUCGCCGGACAGUGCACCUGCUGGAUAGAAGCCUGGCCGGCGCCACAGUGACGUUAGGAAGCUAAUAAAUUGCCCUAGCUUCCUAAUACCAUCCCUCC